ACCACCUUACAUUAGCGGCCAGGCCAACAACAACACUCCAUGCAUUCCCCAGCUCUUUGCGCGCACGUAUCCGCAACGCAUGCUUUUUGGCUGUUGUUGUCAUUUGCUCCAAAGCAAGGAACGUACCUGCUUAGAUGCCUCGAGUGUCUCAUACUCGUCAGUCCCGACUUUCCCAUUGCUAACCCCGUGUGGCCCCCAAAUACAUGCAGGGUAUAUCUCUCUGCUAAGGGUCUAGAAUAUGUCACAGAUAUAUAGAAACGACAAGAGUUUGGUCAAUAAACAACAUUGCGGGUAGGACGAAAAUCCGUACCGAGUAUACUAGAUGACGGAUAAUCGCGGCGUCAAUCUCGAACCCCGAACCUGGAUGCAGACCAACUCCUACGGCGAUUCUCCGGUGCAUCUUGCCUACCACCUAUGAUCUCCCUUUCUCGGCGCAAUGUGCGCGAGUUUCGUCGGUUUGAAGUUGGUGGAGCAUAUCCAUUUCGCCGAUGAUCUUCAUCAAGAACCCUGACCCCUCCUUCAAGGAAUGUCUGCCAAGUGUGAAUCUCGGCGCCAAGAAUGUAUUCUCUGGAGGCGACGAGGUAGCAACAUCACCAAAGUCACGUGCAGAUCAUGUAG